CGGCUCACCCAGGGGAGGGGAAUGGUGUCGGCGGAGCGGCUUGUGCGGCGUGGAGGGACGAAGCGGCUCCUGGGAGGUAAUCUUUAACUUACGAUCAUAAUCAAGGCCAAAAUUUCUCUUGCAGAUGAGAGACAAGGGAGAGAAUAACAAGAACAAAGUUUUGAGCUGGAAAAAAUAAGAGUAUGUGGAACUGAAGCAAACAUCAUUACCUAAGAAGUCAAGGGAAAUAAGUUCCAAAUAAAGAAAAAGUGGAAAUAAUUGGAACUCAGUGGGAAAGAAAAGGUUCUUGGACAACCAAAAUGGACAGGUAUUAAUGAAAGGCUUUCACAAAGGAAAGACGUGCUUGAAUCACAGACAUCCAAGUAAUAGAUCAGAAAUAUUUUGGCCUCCUCAAGAGUCCAAAAAUAUCCAUGUUGGAAAACCCCCACAGACUGCCUAUUAUGGGAAAACACAGAUUGCAGAUCACAGCUGAUUAUGGAUGACGGGAUGCACCUAGUGAAAACCCAUACAAAUACUUGGAGUGUGGCAGCAUGUUUACUCAAAAACUUCCUCAUGAUUCAUGAAAUGACCCAUACCAAGAGAAGCUCUACCAGCGCUCCUAGUGUGGCAAAAGAUUUAUCAUGCAGACCAAUCUGGUGAGACACAAGAAGACUCAACUGGGGACAAAACCUUUUGACUGUCCAUAUUGUUCCAAAAGUUUCACUAGAAAAUCUGACCUGGCGAUACACAAAAGGACCCACACAGGAGAAAAACCAUAUGAGUGUCCGGAUUGUGGGAAAAGUUUCAGUCAGAAUUCCCACCUGGUAGCACAUCAGAGGACUCACUCAGGAGAGAAACCAUAUAAGUGUUGUGAUUGUGGGAAAUGUUUCUCACAGAAUUCAAGCCUGGUGAUACACCAGAGGACUCAUACAGGAGAAAAACCAUACAAGUGUCCAGAUUGUGAGAAAAGUUUCAGUCUCAAUUCCAACCUGGUGAUUCACCAGAGGACUCAUACGGAGAGAAACCAUACAAGUGUCUAGAAUGUGGGAAAAGUUUCAGUCAGAUUUCCCACCUUGUGAGACAUAGGAGGACUCACAGUGUAGAAAACCAUAUGAGUGUUCUUAUUGUGGGAAAAGUUUCCAGGAUAAUUCAACCUGGUGAUU